AUGGCUAGUGCAGAUGGUGGCGCGUAUAGUUACUCCCUCACAGUAUUCUCACCUAGUGGGAAGCUUGUGCAGAUCGAGCAUGCAUUGGCAGCGGUGUCUCAAGGAACCACGAGUCUUGGUAUUAAAGCAUCAAAUGGCAUUGUCAUUGCCACAGAGAAGAAAUCGUCAUCCAUUCUCAUUGAUGACUCGAUGAUAGACAAGGUGUCGGUAAUAUGCCCAAACAUUGGCAUUGUCUACUCUGGUAUGGGCCCCGACUUCCGAAUUCUUGUUGCCAAAGCGCGGAAGAGUGCUCAAGCGUACUGGAAGAUCUACAACGAGUAUCCUCCAACCAAGGUGCUCACCCAGGAGAUUGCGACUAUCAUGCAAGAAGCAACACAUUCCGGCGGUGUCCGUCCGUACGGCGUGUCUUUGCUAGUAGCAGGCUGGGACAUCAACCGUGGGCCGAGUCUCUACCAGGUAGAUCCGUCUGGAUCAUUUUGGGCUUGGAAGGCUAGCGCGAUUGGGAAGAACAUGGUUAACGCGAAGACCUUCCUCGAGAAACGGUACAACGAUGAUAUCAGCCUCGAGGACGCUAUUCACACGGCCCUCUUAACCUUGAAGGAAGGUUUUGAGGGACACAUGACGGAGAAGACUAUCGAGAUCGGCGUGGUAACAGUGCCCAGCGAAGCAGACCUGGAAGCUGGAAAGAUAGAAGGCACAGGGCGAGCGAAGGCGACCUUCAGGAAGUUAACAGAAGAGGAGAUGCGAGAUUAUCUCGCCAUGUAG